AUGGCGUUUACCAUCAACAAAGUGUUAACCGGAUACAUCGUCGCAGACCUCUUCUUCCUCGUAGGCGGCAUCGUCCUCCUUCUAGGCUCGCGACUAGGCGAAGCCAGCCUCCAGCAUGAGAGAAACGUCGAAAACGUCAUGAGGUUGCUCCUCAUCCCUCGUUGUCCCAUACUCCCUUCCCUGGCCAACGCUAUCUGUGUCUUCGCGACGUUCCUGUGCUCAAUACCUGUCAUUGUGUUUCCGCAGCAAGGCAGGUGGUUACAGGUUCAUGGCUGGCUCCUUGUUUUCACCGGCAUCUUCACCCUCAGCCUCGGCCUGAGUGUCUGGUACGAGGCGCUGAUGACCCGGUCGACCCUGCAGCCUAUGUGGUCCAGGGAAUCAGGCGAGGUGCAAGGCUUGCUGCAGAAACGGAAUAGCACCUCGCCCUUAUACCAUUAUGAUUCAACUUGUACGUCGGACCUGCUUGCCGCGCAGAAGCCAGGAUGUAUAGGGCCAAUGUCAGAUUACGCUUAUUCGUUUUUUGGCAAUCUAUCCACCGUCACUUUCGCCAUCGUCGACCGCAAGGAUAGGACGAGAUACCGACUAAUAGACGAGAAGUAUGCGCUGGGAAUGAGACGGACUUGA